AUGUCUUCUUCCAAAAUACCUCAACUUGUCCUAAAAUCAUCUUCCAACCAAUGCAAAAUUCCAGUUAUAGCAUUUGGAACUGCAGCUGUAACAAACAACGAUGGAGAAAUCACAAAAGUAGCAGUAAUUGAAGCUAUAAAAUCAGGUUAUAGACACUUUGACACUGCAUUAAUCUAUGGCUCUGAGGAGGCUUUGGGAGAAGCAAUAGCAGAAGCUCUUCAACUUGGUCUAAUUCAAUCAAGAGAUGAACUCUUUAUUACCUCCAUGGUGUAUGUGUCUAAAAUUUAUGCCAUAAAACACAGGAACCUGAAAUUAGAAUAUUUGGACCUUUAUUUGAUCCACUUUCCCAUAACUGUGAAGCCUGGAAAUUGGGAAAUGCCAUAUGCUGAAGAGUUAAUAACAACAUUUGACUUGAAAGGAGUUUGGACAGCAAUGGAAGAAUGCCAGAAAUUAGGAUUUGCAAAAUCUAUAGGAGUCAGUAACUUCACUCGCAAGAAACUUGAUGAUCUACUCUCAUUUGCAAAAAUUCCUCCUUCUGUCAAUCAAGUAAGACAGUAAAAAUAAAAACUUUCAUGG